AUGGCUCAGAUGAUGGAGACGCGGGCAGUCUCGUCCCCCAAGGCGCCUUGCAGCGCCGUGCCCGGCCCUCAUCAGCACAGGCGCACCACCUGCCACUGGCGGGCCACUCCGCUGCGGCGGCGACCAGCCAGACUGUCGCAUGAGGACUUCAGCCCCAUAAUAUGCACGCUGUGCUCCUCGCAGCGUUCGAGACGCCGCCGGGCAGCCCCUGUGUGCGCCGAGUCCCCCCGUGCAGCCUCUGGACCGUCCAACGACGUGUGCGUCGUGUACGACUACUCCCAGCACGUCGUUCCGUACAAGGCCGCCCAGCGCUGGAUGCACGCCGCCGUCGACCUCGCGCUGGACGACCGUCUCUCCGCGGCGGCCGACGAGCGCUCCGGCGAGCGCGCACCCACUCAGGGCACACACGCGUCCGUCGUCGGGCGUGUGCUCAUGCUGCAGCACCCCCCCACGUACACCCUCGGGCAGGGCGCGACCGAGGCGCACCUGCGGUUCGACCCCGCCGCGCCGCCGCACCCGCUGUACCGCGUGGAGCGCGGCGGCGAGGUCACGUACCACGGCCCCGGGCAGCUCGUGGUGUAUCCGGUGCUGGACCUGGACCGACUCGGCAGGAAGGACCUGCACGACUACUUACGGGCCCUGGAGGGGGCUGUCAUCGCCGCCCUGGCCGACGUUUCGGGGCUGCGGGGCGAGCGCAUCGAAGGGCUCACAGGGGUGUGGGUGGACGGGGCGAAGCUGUGCGCGGUCGGCGUGCGAGCGAAACGAUGGGUGACGUACCACGGGCUGGCGGUGAAUCUGGACCCGGACCUCGGCCCCUUCCGGGAGAUCGUUCCCUGCGGGAUCGACGACCGGCCGGUGGGGUCCGUGGCGGGGCUGCUGGGCGCCGGCGCGGGGAGCAGGGAGGAGCUCAUCGCGGAAUAUGCUUUUGCGAUAUCCGAGGCGCUGGCGGCGGAGUUCGGUGUGGAUCUGGUGACGCAGGCCGAGCACGCGGGCCAUGAGGGCGCGGACGGACCGCGGGGGAACGGGGCGGCGGCGGACAGCGCUCGCCCUCGUGCUGAGGAGCUGAGGGGGAUGUUGCUUGACAUGGCGGGGGGGGUGUGA